AUGUCACGACUUCAACACCUUUUUGCAGCAUAUUCAAAAUUUGGCGAUACGAGAUCUAAUGGAGAAACUAUAACAUUAACUCAAUCUGAUAAAUGGAUGAAACAAGCAAAAGUUAUUGGUAAAGAGAUAACAACAACAGACACUGGCAUUUGUUUGGAAAAUUCAAGUUAUAAUCGUUCCAAAAUAAAAAAAAAAUCUCGAACUCUGACCUUCGAAAAUUACUUGAAGUUCAUAGAUGAUCUAGCACUGUCCAAAAAUGUUGAUUCCAAAGAAAUAAAAGCAAAAUUAAAACAUAGCGGUAUGCCUGGACUUGCAGCAGGUGCCACUGUAAAUAAACUAACAGACCCAUCAACUUACACUGGAACACAUGCCCAACGUUUCGAUAGAAGUGGCAAAGGUAAGGGCAAAGCAGGCCGCGAAGAUUCAACUAGCAACGACGGAUAUGUUCAGGGCUAUAAACAUAAAAAUACUUAUGAUAAAACUCACAAUAAAUAA